AUGGCAAGGUUCAAUAAAUUCAAACCUUAACAAACUAACUAAGAUAAAAAGGACAAUAAAAAUGGUAGCUAAAACUAGAAAGGACAAAAUGCCAACCAUUAAAAUAAAGUUGAAAACAAAACUAACAAGAAUAGCGUUUAGAAUUAGGUUAAUGAUUAAGAUGAAAAUAUCAAUGCAGGUGAAAACUGGAAAAAGGCUCAAUAAUUCAAGAAUGAGACAAUAUUCGAAAGAGCAUCCAGAGUUUACUAAGAAUUUGUCAAAAAGGAAUUGUAGAAGUAUAAAUUAGCUAAAGCUGAUGAGGCUUGGAUGAAAAAAAUCAUGACUGAUGGUACUUUAAAGGAUAAAAUUUCAGCCAUUUCCAUUUAUAUUAGAGAUAACCCAAAAACAACUUUGCCUGCUAUAGAAAACUUAAUGACUUUUGCUAAUACAAAGAGUAAAAAAGACAUUAUUUUAAGCUACAAUGCACUUAAAGGCAUCUUUUUGGAGUCUGUUAUGCCAAAGAAUGCUGAAUUAAAAACAUUUUAGCAAAAUACAAAGGGAAAAACCAAUAUUUCUGAUAAAGAUCUUGUUGAGUACUUCUAUCAACAUAAGUUAAAAGAAAUAUUUUACAGAUAUGUGAAUAGCUUGAUAGCACAGUUAAAUGAUAAUUUAUUCUUUUUCAGAAAGGCUAUGUUGAUGCUUUUAUUAGAUGUUGUUAUGCAUAGACAAGAAUGUCAAGAAACUAUUUUAGGUGCUCUUCUCAAUAAGCUUGGUGACUCAGACAAAAAGAUAGUCACUAUCCUUAACUAAAACUUAGGAAAAUUAUUAUUUAGAAAAGGAGAACUUGUUAUGCCACUAGUUAAAGAAAUUGAAAGAUUUGUUUUCAGACCAAACAUUAAAAUAUAGAGCUAAUUUUAUGCAAUCAACUUCUUGAAUACCAUCAAUUUUGCUGUUGUUGCAGAUGAUGUUUUGAAGGAGAUUAUUAAGCUUCUAUUUAUCUUAUUCAAGAAAAUGAUUGAAACCAAUGAAGAAGAUUUGCUUGCAUCAAAAAUAUUAAGUUAGAUCUUAAGAGGUAUCAACAAAAUAUUCCCUCAUACAAAGAAAAAUUUCGAAUAAUACAAACAAUUCUUUAAUGAGAAAAUAAAUGAAUUAUACAAGCUUAUUCACUAAACUAAGAGCAUUAAAAUUAGAAUUUAAACUUUGCUAUUCAUCUUUUAAGUUGAAAACUAAGAAAAUAAUCUAACUGAUAGAUAUUAUCGUGUUUUAUAUGAAAUGUUAAUUGACCCUGAUGUUACUCACUCUUCUCAAACUGAACUUUUCUUUGAUCUUUUAUAUUUCUCUUUAAAAGCUGACUUAGAUAUUGGAAGAGUUAAGAGUUUUGUUAAAAGAUUGUUGCAACAUGCAAUCCAUUGUGAACCUCCUUUCAUUAUUACUUCUCUCAUUUUCAUCUCUAAAUUGUUAAACGCUCAACCUACCAUAAAGACCAUGAUCUAACAAAGUGAACGUUUCUUUGAUGAUAAUGAAGAAAAUUUCAAAGAUGUUGAAGAUUCUGAUGAAGAAGAAAAUUUCAAAGACGCUGAUGAAUCUAAAAGCAUGGAAGUAGAAGAAGCAAAUAAUUAAGAAUAGUAAGAAAAUGAAAAUGGUGAUGAAUAAGAAAAAGAAAUCACAAAAAAAGAGUAAAAAAAGAAUUAUGCUGAUUAUAUGGGCUAUGAUGCUUUCAAGAGAGAACCUCGUUUCACAGGCUGCAACGAAUCUUGCUUGUGGGAAUUAACAGUUCUUAUAAAUCACAAUCACCCAACUGUCAAAAAAUUCACAGAAAUUCUUCUUAGUUAAUAAAAACCCAACAUUGAGUACAAAGGAAAUCCUUUACUUGAUUUUACAGUUGCAAACUUUUUGGAUCGUUUUUCUUUCAAGAAUGCUAAAAAGAAAGAAUCUGUUGGUAUGAAGAAUUUAAAAUAAAAAGGAAAGAUUAGAAUGUCUAAAUUAGAAUCUGCUUUAUAAGUUGAUGAUGUUAUGAAAAUGGAUUAAAGAAAGAUUAGAGAAGAAGAAAAAUUCUUUUUGAGAUUCUUCUAACAAAAGUAGAAAAAGAGAGAAGGAAUAGAAAAGAGAUAAAAGAAGAGAGAUAUGGAAGAUUUUGUUGACGGAAAUGAUGAUGCUGAAAUGGACGCUUUUGCUGAUUAGCUUGCUGAAGAAUAGCUUGACAGUGAUUUCUAUGAUGAAGAUGAACCUUUCUCAAUGUCUGAAGAUCAAGAUGAAGAUGAUGGAGAUAUGGAAGAUGGUGAAGGAGAUGAGUAUCACGAUUUCGAUGAAGAAGAAGACGGGGAAGAUUAAGAAAAUGAAGAUUUCAACGAAGAUGAAGAAUAAGAAGAUGAUGAAGACAUCGAAUAAGAUUUCGAUGAAAAUGAAGAGUUAUAAUCUGCUGAAAUUCCUGAUAAUUAUGAGGACUCUGAAGAAGAUGAAGAGGAGCAAUUAGAAGGCGCUGAUGAAGAAGAAGAGGACGAUUUUGAUGAAGACGAUUUAGGUGAUAUUGAAGAUUUAGAAUAAGAUUUCGAGUAAGACAGAGAGAAAAUGGGAUUAGAAGAGAGCGAUUAUGAAGAUGAUGAUAUUGAAGACUUCGGUACUUUAUUAGAGAAAGCAGGUCAAGAAGACGAUAUUGAUGAUAGAAAAAAAUUUGGAAAACAAAUAGGAUAAAAAGUAAGCAAAACAAAAGUAAUUAAAAAAGAACCAAAGGCAGAGAAAAAACCAAGACAUUCUAAAGUAGAUAAAAAGUAGAACAAAAAGGGACCUAAGAAAGUAAAAAAAUAAAAUAAAGGAGGAGCUAAAAAAAAUAAAAAGGGAAAAGGAAGAAAAUGA